CUUCUAUUUUGUGGUUAUCGACAAGUGACAAUUUUCUACAUCCUAUGAAAAAAAAUUUCUAAAUUGGUUUUCAUUAGAUAAUUGGAUUUUCAAAAAUGGCAAAAGCUUCAACCUCUAGUAAGUCAGUGAAAGAUGUUGUCAAUAUUAAAGAAGCCAAGAAAAAUGCGGGGUCACUAAUCGAAAAGAUUCUUGGGGACAUCAGUAAGACUUCAGCCUCUAAACAAAUGAUACUGGGUGUCUCUUCUGGUUGGUUUACUGGAUUUAUGGCUAUGAGAGUGGGAAAGCCUACCGCUUUAGCUCUAGGAGGAGGGAUCAUAUUACUUCAAAUUGCUAAUGAGAAGGGUCUUAUCAAAAUAAAUUGGGAUAAAGUAAACAGGAAAAUUGAUAAGGUAGCUGAUAAGGUUGAAGAAGUUGUUACUGGUCAACAGCCCACAGUGAUCGAUAAGGUUGAGCGAUUUGUUGAUAGAAAAAUAGCCAAAACAGAAGAAACUCUUAAAUCUCAAAGUGAGAAAGCUAAACGUUGGUAUACAAAAAUUUUAGGGGAAGAGCAAAUGCAGCUCAAAGAGAUGCACAUCUUUGUUGUAUCUUUUGUUGCUGGAGUGGCAAUAGGAAUUGGUAGUUCUUAAGGAGUAUAUUCAGUAGUGUAUAAGCAGUACGCUUAUGCCUUGCAAAAUCUUUGUAUAAACUUGUAGAUAUAGGAACUGCUGUUGAUUAAUCUGUAUUUAUUAUCUAUAUUAACUUAUUUCAGUAAGUUGAAUUUUCAAUACUAAUCUCAAUAUGUGAGUAAUCUCCAAAUGUAAGAUCUGUUAGCUCUUCUUUUCAUAUCAGUAUUAUAUUCAACUUUUGAGUUGACGAAUUGAAACCAAUUAGUUGGCCAUAAAAUGAUAUAAUAAUGUUUUUCUGAUUUAUUCAAUUGAAACGUUGUAAUAGGUUCGAUUGAAAUAAAUUUUUAUGAGUAGUA